UCAGCCUUGGCGGGCAUCAAACGCUGAAGCACAAGGCUUCUCGUUUCGUUACCUAACAUACGUACCUUGUUACUCCAAUUAUCCAAUCUCAACACCAACUUAUUAUCAUGACGUUGCGACCUCAACGGUAACCCGCUGUACACGAACCUCAACAUGGUCGUCCAGCAGCAUGUGCUAAAUUGGUUGUAUAGCGUCCUGACAAGUGAAUACCAAGAUGUGAACAGAACAUACAACGAUGUAGCUCAGGCAUUAUCUCAGUACCCUUCAUUGUCGCCGAGGACAGACGUUCACACUUUCGAUAAUGGCGUGUCUGCCCUCCUCCUACACCUCUCCGGUACCAUCCCCGUCAUAUUCCGUGGGACCACCUACCGAUUUCCCAUCUCGUUAUGGAUACCGCACGCCUACCCACGAGAGGCGCCGCUGGGAUAUGUCACCCCUGCCGAGAACAUGAUGGUGCGUCCCGGUCAGCAUGUUGAUCCUCAGGGGCGUAUAUAUCACCCAUACCUUGUGGGUUGGGCAGAGUUCUGGGAUAAAUCCUCUUUACUGGAUUUCCUUGCUAUCCUCAGAGACAUAUUCGCAAAGGAGCCUCCGGUGGUCUCCCGACAGCAAGCUCGCAUUGCGCCGCAACAGCAAUCUACUCCGACUCCGACUCCCCCACCAGUUCCGCCUUUGCCUCCGGACAUGUCGAGACAAACCCCCCACCAAAUUCCCUCCCCACACACGAACGAUCCAAGACCUCCUCCGCCUCCGCCUAAAGGCAGUGACUUACCUCAGGUGAUAUCUGGGCCAUCCACCGUCGCGGACGGGCCUCCGCGACCACCUCUGCCAGACGAAGUUCGGCGACGAUCCAGCCAGUACGGCGCUCCAGCGGUGACUAGCCCAGCACCGCAGUCGAAUCGACUUUCCAGAUAUGACGCUCCUCCUCCAUUACCACCCCAGCAAGGACCACUUCAUCCAACUCCAUCCUAUCAGCAACCACCCCCGAACGUGCAAUAUCAACCCCAGCCUCAGCAGCAGCAACACGCGUACCUGCACGGCGACCCUCCGGCCGGAUUCCCAGCGCAAGAUUCCCGGCGCGUAUCUAUAAUAUCCCCUGUCACCCCCAUCCCGUACAACGCAGCCGCCCCUCCCGGAUCGUCGUCAUACGGCGGCCCUCCACCAAGCUGGCAACAGCCCGUACCGCAGCAACCCCCGGCGCAACUCCACCCCAAGCCGCCUCCGCCUCCCGACCUAAUGGACGAACCUUUCUCCCUCGCCCUCCCUUCUUCCUCGGCUACCGACCUCCCGCCGCCCCCCAUCCCUCCCAACCCCGAGAAAGACGCUCUUCUGCGACAGCUUGCCUCGACCCUCUACAGCAUGCGCCAGAGCGCCCGUGCCCAAAACGAGUCCUCUCUCUUAGGUCUAGCCGCUCAACGCAACGCCAUGCUAGCCGCGCUUCAAAACCUCCAAUCUGACUCCGCCGCCCUGACUCCUCUCACUUCCAUGCUAGCCUCCAACACAGCCAUCCUUCAAAAUUCCCUACAGGAAGCGGACCGCGUCAUAUCCAGCGCGCAAACCCGCGAGCCCCCUCCUAUCGACGAUUUAUUGGUGGCCCCCACCGUCGCCGCGAACCAGCUGUAUGAUGUCGUCGCCGAGGAGCGCGCGCUAGGCGACGCUAUCUUUGUGCUAGGGAGAGCGGUCGAGCGCGGCAGGAUAAGUCCUGCCGUAUUUGCCAAGACUACGCGCAGUCUGGCCCGCGAGUGGUUCUUGAAGAAAGCCCUCGCGAGGAAGAUAGGGAGGGGUAUGGGACUUGUUGGGUAGGUUACUUUAUAAGAUAGGAGUGAGAAGUGAAUAGCUGGGUAUUUAGGUCUUAGGAUGAAGUUAGUAGUCCCUUUAGGUUGACUUUACCCAGUAACAAAGACACCUGGUUACAAUGAUGACGAAUGGGCUACUUUAGGAAGGUUACGCAAGUACGCAGGCGGUAUGUACUUGAGAUGGACCACGAAUGAGUCGUAUGGUAAUCUACGACAGUGAUGACAACCGACUAGGAAUUUACGCAGUCAGUCAGACAGCUAGCUGUAUAGUAGCUACGCCAAGAAAUAAAUGAGAGGAGUCGUUUCGGAACUCUUGCAUUACACCUCGAUAACUCCUUUCUAUCGCUAACUACGGAUUAACUCAUGCGUCUUAGG